UCUUCAUUUAUUUUUUAGUACUUGCGACACAUUGAGUGGCCCGCAGCAAGAAGUCAACCAUUAAAUAAAAAAUAGUCAUCUUUUCAUUCGAGUUAAAUAAUUUUGCAAAAUAUUCAACAUGGAACUAGAGUCGAGCAUUGCUAUUCUUCAGAAUUUGCGUUUGCAGAUUUGCAGGUUUGAUUCGAUAGUUUUUGCCUCUUAUCGCACCGCCUCUAAAUUGCGUUACAUACAAAAAUCGACAAAUUUACACUUGGUGGAUAUUUGGAAUGUAAUCGAGGCAUUUCGUGAGAAUGGUUUGAACACAUUGGAACCGCAAAGUGAAGUGAGUGUGGCACGACUAGAAACACUCGUCUCAUCACUCUAUCAUAACUUAAAUAAACGUCUUCCCACGGCCCAGCAAGUACCCGUCGACUCGAAGGCUGGCCUCUUGCUGAACUGGCUUUUAGCGGCGUAUACAAGCGACAAUUCUGGCAAAAUACGUGUAUUCUCAAUCAAGGUGGCGUUGGCGACUAUGUGCUCUGGAAAACUGGUUGAUAAAUUGAGAUAUAUCUUUUCGCAAAUAUCUGAUGGCGCUGGUCAGUUGGUACCUUGGAAGUUGGGUGAAUUUUUACGCGAGGUACUGGCUUUACCUGCCGCUGUUUACGAAUCUCCAACAUUCCACUAUAAAGACGGCUUGGAGGAGGAAAUAUUUCCAGCUGAGAAUAAGGUCACAGUGAACGAUUUCAUGGCAACACUUAUGUCUGAACCGGGCCCAUCCUGCCUUGUUUGGCUACCGCUGUUGCAUCGUUUGGCCACUGUUGAGACAGUUGUACAUCCGACAAUCUGUUCGGUAUGUCAUAAGGAGAAUUUUACGGGAUUUCGUUAUCGUUGUCAGCGGUGCCACGCCUACCAAUUAUGUCAAGAGUGUUUUUGGCACGGCAAGACAUCACUGAAUCAUCAGAAAGAUCACGAAGUCAAAGAGUAUUCCAGUUAUAAAUCGCCCAGUAAACAGAUCGGCCAUUCGCUGCGAAAGAGCUUCCGAUGUGUGCCCGAGAAGACGACACAAGUGUUGCCACGUUUCCCCGAGCAUCCGGAAAAGACAUUGAAUCUAUCCCAUAUUGUACCGCCAUCGCCAUUGCCGUCGCACAACGGUUUCACCGAUCCGCCACUAUUGCAUGGCGGCGGACCUGGUGGCGCACAUAGUGGUGGCCUGUUGUAUGAUCGCUCCAGCACGUUGGAUUCACGUGCCACUGGACGCAGUCUGGACAGUGCCACCGCUGCUAGCAUGUCACGCAUGGCCACCGCUUCGGCCAACGAUGAGGAACAUCGCUUAAUUGCACGCUAUGCCGCACGUCUUGCCCAAGAGAAUCGCGCCCCGAUCAAUGCUGCUGGCAAUGCAGAGAAUGCUAGUAGCAUCGGUUCAGAUAAUUCGCGUGCUCAACGCGAGCUAAUUGCUCAAUUGGAAACUAAAAACAAGGAGAUUAUGCGGGAAAUUGCCAGAUUACGCCGUCAACAGGAAGUCGAACAAAUUACACCCGAGAAUCCAGCGUUGCUAAACGAACUGCGGGCAUUGCGUCAACGUAAAGGAGAACUAGAGGGUCAUUUGGGCGCCUUGCAGGACUCGCGCCGUCAACUAAUGGAUCAAUUGGAGGGCCUCAUGCGCAUGUUAAAAAAUCAACAAACAACCUCACCACGUUCCACACCCAAUUCCAGUCCACGUUCGGGCAAGUCGCCACCUAUGCCUGGUGGGGGUAUCGGUGCAGCAGGUGGCGGUGCUAAUUCGCUGAAUAUUGCCGCAAUGCAUUCGCAACAAGGCCAACCAUCGGCACACUCUUUAAUGAUCGGUGGUGGAGCCGGCGGCAGUGGUCGUCCAACGCAGCAACAACUAAUGCAGGCACAACAGACUGGGGCGCUUCAAGCGGCACAACAACAACAACAGUCCUUCAAUUCAAGUCAACUGGAUCAAUUGAAUCAAAUAAGCAAUGAAGUGCGUUCGGCAUUUACAGGCAAUACAAGCUCAAGUAAGUGCUCCAUAAAAACGUAAAGCGAUAACGUAUGU